AUGUUUGACAUUAAUCCAUAUUAUAUUUUCACGGUCCUUGUCAUCGCAUCUGGUGGCAUCCCUAAAGGCUACGAUGAAGGUGGAUUCAGUGCAUCUAUCAGUUUGACUUCGUUCAAGCACGAUUUUGGACUAUCAGCCUCUCUUUGGAAGAACAACGAAUCGGGUCUUGCAAGCCGCACCGCAAAUAUCUCCUCAUUCGGGGUUCUGGGAGCAGCAUUACUACGCAGCUGGCAACUCUUCGUUGCUCUCUGGGGAAGUGGAGUCCUCAUGCAAAUAUUCUCAUCAGGAAUCAUUGGGUUCAUGCUUUUCGCCAGAAUAUGGGGAGGACUUGGUGCCGGCGGUCUCACUGUCGUUGCGCCGCUCUAUCUCUCGGAGUGCGCGCCUGCUAAGUCGCGGGGAAUGAUCGUCAGUAUCUAUAUGGUUCUUUUACUUUCGGCUCUUACACUUGGUUUCUUCAUAAACUAUGCCGCAAGCGUAACGAUGCAGGCUCACGCUACCCAAUAUCGACUCGUACAGAGCAUUCCCCUUAUCCCUGUCGGCAUCGCUCUUAUUUGUUCCUUCUUCUUGUCCGAUACACCUCGCUGGCUAGCUUCGAAAGACCGAGGUGAUGAAGCACUGCAGGCUCUUGCUCAACUCCGCCGUUCGGUCAAGAAUGACUAUCGCCUCUCGGAUGAAUACAGAGAAAUACAAGAACAGAUUCGAAUGAAACGUCAAAACCUGGAAGGCGUUCCAGUUUGGACCAUCAUCAAGGAAAUUGCUACAAUCUCAACUUAUCGCAAACGGUUUCUGCUUGGUGUGACCAUGCAAACCGUUGCUCAAUGGAGCGGCGGAAAUGGUAUCACAUACUAUAUCCCUCAGAUUUUUACCUAUGCAGGAGUGGUCGGCAACAAUACCUCUUUGAUUACCUCAGGGGCAUAUGGGGUAGUCAAAUUGGUUUUCACGCUUGUUUUUACAUGGGGGCUCGUCGAUGUGUUUGGACGCCGUCGUUGCAUGCUCACCGGUCUCGCUCUGCAGUGCAUUACUCACGUUUACAUGACCAUUUACAUGUCACUAUUCCUCCAGUCAGGAAAUAGGUCAGCCUCUGACGCAGCUAUUGCCUCAGUAUUCAUUUACGCUGUCGGAUGGUCUAUCGGUCUCUGUACAGUUCAGUAUCUCUACGGUACUGAAAUCUAUCCGACACGCAUUCGAAGUGUGUGCUAUGCCACUAAUAUGGCACUUCACUGGUUCUUCCAAUUUGCUGUGGUCCGCGUCACACCAAACAUGUUUGUCAGCUUGAAUAUUUGGGGGGCGUAUGUCUUCUGGGCCGUGGUGUGUGCUCUUGGCUUCCUUUUGCUUGGUAUUUGGGCUCCUGAGACUAAAGGAGUUCCAAUGGAAAUGAUGGAAGAAUUAUUCGCCGGUCACUGGUGGAUGGGCUGGAAGGCUCAUGUAGACUUGACUCGGUGGAUGACAGAAGAUAGGAUUCUAGAGGAAAAAGAGAGUAAGAAUGUUGGCGCAACAGAGUUACAGAGAGUUUAG